AUGAUUAUGACCUUUAUUCCUCGAGCUGUCGUUGCUUACUCCGGUUUCGAUCGCAUACAGACGUAUCUAGUGAACGGCCAUGAUCCAGCCCAGCCGUUUGAAAUAACCAGAAUGCCAGUAAGUGGGCCCGUGGUGAGAACGUCCACAACUGUCGUGGUGGAGUUGGCCAGUGUUUCCAUCCUAGGCACAAAUGGGUCGAACCACAUCCUGAGAGACAUCAGCUUCAAGAUUUAUCAAGGCUCUCUCAUUAUUUUGACAGGGCCAGUCGGAUCAGGGAAGACUACCCUCGCCAGGGCGAUACUAGUUAAGGCCUGUUGUCUUGAUUCAGACUUCAAGGCAUUUCCGGACGGCGACCUGACGGCCAUAGGGAGCAAAGGCAUGAACCUCUCUGGCGGGCAACGCCAGAGGGUAGCUCUGGCCCGCGCACUCUACUCACGGUGCAAGAUCAUGAUCUUUGACGAUUGCUUCAGUUCUCUGGAUGAGAAGACUCAAGGUGGAAUCAUUGAAAACCUUCUUGGGCCAAAAGGCAUAAUACACGACGGCACGACAACGGUCGUGUGGAUUACGACAGCGACCAAAUGGUUCAACCUGGCCGAUGAAAUCAUCAUUCUCGCCGACGGCGUCCUGAAAGAAAGAGGAACAUGGGAUCACCUUCGAGAGCACGACCCUUCCGUUGACCAGGUCAUCCAUCGUCAGCCCGAGAGGCCUGUGGCAUUCCCCGAGGCUCGAACAACAAUAAACAAGGCUCAGGCAGAAAUUCAGAGGGACGGCUCAAAAGAUCUUGCCCGUAAGGACGGCGACCUGUCCCUGUACAAAUACUAUAUGAAAUCCGCAGGACUCGGAAGCAUUGCGGCCAUGUCACUUUCUGGGGUGAUGUACUCCUUCUUUCAUACCUUCACAAACUACUGGUUGAAGGCAUGGACGGACUCCGGAUCAACAAACACGAUAUUAUACAUGACAGGUUAUGUGCUCCUCCUUGCGCUAGCAUACGUCUCAACGGUCACUGGAAUGUUUUAUACCAACCUGCGUAUUGCCCCAAACUCUGGCCUCUCUCUUCACAGCCGCCUUCUGGUCGCUAUUACAUCCGCUCCAUUGCAGUACUUUUCAAACACAGACUUGGGCACGAUACUGAACCGCUUCGGGCAGGAUAUUCAGCUGGUCGACAAGCAGCUCGCGCCUGCGCUCCAGUCCCUCAACAACCAGGUCUUCAAGCUUCUUAACCAGACGUGCGUGCUUCUCGCAUCGCAGCCCAUGAUGGCACUCUCGCUACCAUACAGCGCGGUCGUUGUCUAUGUCGUCCAAAAGGUGUACCUGCGCACCUCACGUCAGUUGCGCCUCCUGGAGCUCGAGUCCCGCGCCGCCGUCUUCUCUAGCUUCCUGGAGACUGUGCAGGGGGCACCGACCAUUCGCGCGUUUGGUUGGGGCCGCGAGUUUGCAAGGAAGAAUGUGGCCGCCCUCAACAGUUCCCAGCGCCCCUUUUAUCUGCUACUCUGUUUGCAGCGGUGGCUGAACGUCGUGCUCAACCUGCUUAUCGCUGCCAUUGCCGUGGGCACCAUUGGGUUAGCUGUGCUUUACAGGUCCUCCACGACGGGCGGGAUGAUUGGAAUGGCGCUGAACGUGGUCCUCGUCGCGAAUACAACGCUGCUUUCGCUGGUCGGUGCCUGGACGGAUCUCGAGAUCUCGCUGGGCGCCGUGGCGAGGCUGAGUAAGCAUCACUUUUGUCCUCGCACGGAUCCCCUUGCUUUCAUACAUUGGAAUUUUCUUCAGUGCGACACUUUAGUAUGCGUAGUAGCACUAACGUCAAAUCCAGAGGAGGCUGAGACGGAGACUCCACGGGAGACCCAGCCAGAUGAGUGCGACCUACCGCCUAGCAGGUGGCCCAGUAGGGGUGAGGUUGUCCUGGGUGACGUGACAACCGCAUAUAGCUCAAAGGCGAUUGCGCUUAGGGCUAUCAACCUAAAGGUGCAGGCGGGCCAGAUGGUGGCAAUCUGCGGGCGGACGGGCAGCGGUAAGUCCUCGCUGGUCCUUUCGUUGCUUCGAUUGCUCGAUAUCACUCAAGGUAUCGUGACGGUCGAUGGCGUCGACCUGUCUUCCCUGCCGCCGUCAUUGGUCCGCGGGGUCGCAUUCAUCGCUGUACCACAGGAAGCCUCAUUCCUGCCUCAAGCAAGCUUGCAUUUCAACCUCGACCCGGAGCUGAAAGCACCUCGGUCAGUUGUCAAGGCUGCUUUGAUGCGGACUGGCCUCUGGGACCUGCUUGGCGGCGACGGGCCAGACCGGGAGAAUACAACGUCAGCGGAUGAGGAAGAUAGUGAGGGAACUUGCGUCCUCGAUGAGCCCUUCUCCUCCCUGCCCGUGCUCUCAGCUGGCCAGAGUCAGCUCCUCGCGGUGUCUCGGGCUCUCGUACGCAGACAUACCGGGCCUAUCAGAUCCGGCACGAACAGGGCCAGCAGCCCAACAUUAGCCAGGAUGAAGAAGAAGCCAACGAGCGUGACCAUGUUCGGCGCCAUCCACACCGGCAGCAGACCUGCGGCCCAGUUCCACUACCCCGCGCGGAUAUGUUAG